ACAUGCAGGUAACGUUACUUCAGAGAUGGUCCACCCGUGGCUUUAUUUUAAGGACAAUAUCUGGACAGUUUCCUCAGCGCCCUAUCGCUGUUUCUUCGACUGAAAUAGUUUUAGAACUUUUUAUACAAAAGUUUGUCUGACACGCGUUCCAAAAUUCCAAAAUUCAGCAAACACAGACGAGUGUGAAAGUGUCGAGGAAAACUUUGCAAAGGCGACCUCGUAAUAACGCAACCUACGGAUAAAACAGAAAACUUUAAAGACAGCGACUGAGAAAGUAACAUUUAUUAUUGUGACUGACUCCCUUGAGAGAGACGUGUAAUCAGGCGUGAACUCCUUCACUUCCCUAUUUCUGCCCACUCGCUUGAGUCCUUCCGCAAAGCAGGUGUUUGAAACAGCGCUUUGUUUCAGAUGCAGAGACUUUUAACUGGUGUGCUUUUGCGCAUUUACACUUUACCGUUUAAGUGAUACAAUGUCUAAAAUUCAGUAAGUCGGGUACGCUUAGAUUUGCUAGGCUCGAGUUUAGAGGACACCAUGAAGUUUAACGGGUAUCUGAAAUUGCGCAUCGGCGAAGCGGUGGACCUGAAGCCCACGACCACCUCUAUGCGACACGCCGUGAUGUUCACCAAGGCGAACCAGACCCUAGACCCGUACAUCGUAGUGAAAGUGGACGAGUAUAAAAUCGGACAAACGCACACCAAGCAGAAAACUAACAUGCCCACUUAUAACGAGGAGUUCUGCGUUAACGUCAACAAUGGCAAGCAGGUAGAGCUGGCCGUUUUUCAUGACGCACCGAUCGGGUACGAUGACUUCGUGGCCAACUGCACCAUCCAGUUUGAUGAUCUGAUGAAGACCACGAACAAAGAAGAGUCUUUUGAAGGAUGGGUUGACCUCGAACCUGAGGGUAAGGUCUACAUCCUGGUUACUCUCACAGGUUCAUUUGUAGAUGAUGAUGCUGGAGGAAACGCGCGUCCCUAUAAAGAAUUUAAUCGAAAACGGCAGCAGGCGGUUAGAAGAAAAAUCCACCAAGUAAAUGGACACAAGUUCAUGUCAACCUUCCUAAAGCAACCAACGUUUUGCUUCCACUGCAAAGAGUUUAUAUGGGGUGUUUUUGGAAAACAGGGCUACCAAUGUCAAGUUUGCACCUGUGUGGUACACAAGCGAUGCCAUCAGUUUGUGGUUACGGUAUGUCCACGCAUGAAGAAACCUGCGAAGGAACAGACUACAAAUCAGGGUUUCAGUAUAAACGUUCCCCAUAAGUUCAGCAUCCACAAUUAUAAGGUUCCUACCUUCUGUGACCACUGUGGGUCUUUGUUGUGGGGACUCGUACGGCAAGGAUUGCACUGCAAAAUUUGUAGAAUGAAUGUCCAUAUCCGCUGUAAGGGAAACGUUGCCCCAAACUGUGGAGUCAACAAUGUAGAACUGGCUAAUAAACUGGCAGAAAUGGGUCUUCAGCCGGGCGGAAUGACCAAACGGAAUUCAGUGGGUCUCUCAGGUAUAGACACUCAGUCCCGUACACUGAGUGUGAGAGGAGAUCGAGGACAGUCAAGAAAAGAGAAAAGUCGAAAGCUGGGAAUCUCAAACUUCACACUCCUGCAGGUGUUGGGAAAAGGCAGCUUCGGCAAGGUGAUGCUGGUCCGGUUGAACGAGUCAGAUCAAGUGUUUGCCGUGAAGGUGUUGAAGAAAGACAUCAUUCUGCAGGAUGAUGAUGUGGAGUGCACUAUGACAGAAAAACGAGUGUUAUCCCUCGCUUCCACUCAUCCUUACCUCACUCAGCUUUACUGUUGCUUCCAGACACCGGAGCGUCUGUUUUUUGUAAUGGAGUUUGUGAAUGGAGGAGAUCUGAUGUUUCAUAUUCAGAAAUCCAGAAAGUUUGAAGAGAACAGAGCCAGAUUCUACACAGCGGAGAUCACGUCUGCUCUCAUAUUCCUCCACAGCAAGGGAAUAGUAUACAGGGAUCUGAAGUUGGAUAAUGUUCUGCUGGAUAAGGAUGGUCAUUGUAAACUGGCUGAUUUUGGCAUGUGUAAGGAGGGAAUGUUUGAAGGUGUUGUCACAGGAACCUUCUGUGGAACCCCAGACUACAUUGCUCCAGAGAUCCUUCAGGAGAUGCUGUACGGGCCGUCAGUUGAUUGGUGGGCUCUCGGUGUGCUACUGUAUGAGAUGUUGUCUGGCCACGCCCCCUUUGAGGCAGAGAAUGAGGAUGACCUUUUUGAGUCCAUCCUGACUGAAGAGAUCAUCUACGCGUCCUGGCUCAGCACAAAUGCCGUGGACAUACUGAAAGGGUUUCUGACAAAGAAUCCAUCCCGUCGUCUGGGUUGUGUGCCUGCAGAGGGUGGAGAGACUGCUGUUACCAGUCACUCAUUUUUUACUGGCAUUGACUGGGACAAACUUAACCAGCGAGAACUUGAACCACCUUUCAAGCCCAGAAUUAAAACUUCAGAAGAUGUGAAUAACUUUGAUCCAGACUUCACCCAAGAGGAUCCUACUUUUACGCCCAUCGACGAGUCCAUUAUCCCAUCCAUCAAUCAGGACGAGUUCCGUAACUUCUCCUUUACCUCCCCUGAACUGUUGAACAUGGUUUCAGACUUGCACAGUGUAGCAGAAGAAACGUGUGAUGUCAUGAAGGAACAGACUGCAGGAGGAUUCCGUGAUGUGAUAGAACCGAAUGAAUUGUGACAAUGGAAACUUUCAGGAACGGCCUAAAGAAACAUUUGAAUACCGGUUAAGAACUGCAUUUCAGUGGCUUAGCUUUUUGGUCUAAGAUUAUUUUGGCCUACGCUUAUGCUUUAGAACAACAGUGUAAUUGUCACUGUGUCAAACACAUUGUGAGUGAUAUGCAAAGAUCUCCAUGAGACACUCCAUUGCAGAAGACAGCAAAUUUGAUCAACAGAUGAACUUAUCGUAUCUACUGUAGCUGAUUUAACAGUGUUCAUAUCCAGAUGUUUAGGAAACUUGAUUUGAUCACUCUGCACUUGCUGUGUCUAACACAAGCAAACGUCAUUACAUCAUUUCAUUACAAAUGCGAAACAUCACUAAUACUGUCCAGGAAAACCAGGAAAAUCAAACUCAUGAAAAUGUUGUUUUUUUAAUGGAACUCUAGUUUUGUAAGAUAUUUUCAUACAUUUCUGUGUACAUCUGUGCUGUUUGUUGUUGCGUUUCAGGUUCGAUCUUUAGAUGUGUUUUAUUGUUGAUAAAGGUUGCAGUAUUGAGUUCUCUGCAUUUA